CAGCGCUCUGGCUGCAACUUUGCUGAUUCCUCAGCUGCACUCGGGUAUCAUCCACCAGAGGAGAAGGCGGUUUUUUGUUUUUUUUUCUGCUGUUUAUCUCGAGUUCCCCAUCCAUUUGCCAUGAGUAGGGAGUUCCUGGCGGAGCUGCAUUGGGAGGAUGGGUUUGCCCUCCCUGUGGCAAACGCAGGGAACAAAAUGCUGGAAGAUCAGUUAUCAAAGCUGCAGAAUGAAAAAUCAAACUUGCAAGAGCAGCUACAUGACUAUGAGGAUCGAAUUAAUGCUAUGAAUUCUCACUUCAAAAAUGUUAAGCAAGAAUUCUCAUUUACACAGUCUCUUUUCAAAGCAAAGGAGAAUGAGAUUGAAAGUGAAGAACAUUUUAAGGCCAUUGCUGAAAGAGAAUUGGGACGAGUAAAGAGUGAAAUACAACGACUAGAAAAUGAGAUAAUUUCCAUACGAGAACAGAAAACUGACAAGGAAAAUGGCAUAUUUAAAGCUACUCAAAAGUUGGAUGGUUUGAAAUGUCAAAUGAACUGGGACCAGCAAGCACUGGAGGCCUGGCUAGAAGAAUCAGCUCAUAAAGAUAGUGAUGCCCUCACUCUUCAGAAAUACGCUCAGCAAGAUGAUAAUAAAAUUAGGGCACUGACCCUGAAGUUAGAAAGACUGACCUUGGAAUGUAAUCAAAAGAGAAAAGUUCUUGACAACGAACUUACAGAGACUUUAACUGCCCAGUUAGAAUUGGAUAAAUCAGCACAAGAUUUUCAUAAGAUUCAUAAAGAAAGACAAGAACUCAUUGAACAGUGGGAGAGCACAAUAGAACAGAUGCAGAAGAGGGAUCGAGACAUAGAUGGCUGUGCCUUGGCAUUAACAAGGAUAAAACAGGAAAUAAGAAAAAAAGAAAGUUUGGUUAAAGAAAAGGUCAAGUUUUUGGAAAAUGAGAUUGGGAAUAAUUCAGAGUAUGAGAAAAGAAUUUCUGCUGCUGACCGUGAAGUUUUAAAAUAUAGGACGGCAUAUCAAAAUCAUGAAGCCGGUAGAAGUCAGCUGAAGGAUGAGCUGGAUUCUUUAAAAGCCACUGUGAAUAGAACUUCCAGUGAUUUAGAAGCUUUGAGGAAAAAUAUUUCCAAAAUAAAGAAGGACAGUUAUGAAGAAAGACAAAGGUUACAAAAAAUUAAAAAUCAUAAUCAGGUCAUUAGAAAAAAAUUAAAUCAGAUAAGUGAGAAAACCAUGUCUGCGGAAGAGAAGGCCACCAAUUUGGAAGAUAUGCUAAGAGAAGAGGAAAAAGGUCUAAAGGAAAUAGAAGUUCAAUUGAACAUAGUUAAAGAUGUGCUGUUCAAGAAAGUUCAGCAGUUACAGACUGAGACGAUGAAAGAAAAAGCUCUUGUAUCAGAAAUUGAAGGAACCCAUUCUACUCUGAAACAUUUCAACAAUCAGUUACAUAAACUGGAUUUUGAAACCUUAAAACAGCAAGAAAUUAUGUACAGUCAGGACUUUUACGUUCAACAAGUGGAACGAAGAAUGUCACGGUUAAAGGGAGAAAUUAAUUCAGAAGAAAAACAGGCUCUGAAAGCAAAAAUUGUUGAACUUAAGAAAUCACUGGAAGAGAAAAAGUCUACAUUUGACCUUUUGGAAACACAGAUCAAGAAACUUCACAAUGAUCUUCACUUUAUCAAGAAGUCAAACAGUAAAAGUUGUGAUGAAAAACAGUCUCUUUUGACUAAAAUAAAUGAAUUAAACCUUUUUAUCGACAGCUCAGUGAAAGAACUUAAUAAAGCCAAAGCUUUUAACCAGGAUUUGAUGAUAGAGGAUAAUCUUUUAAAACUUGAAGUUAAACGUACUCGAGAAAUGCUUCACAGUAAGGCCGAAGAAGUUCUUUCCUUGGAAAAAAGAAAACAGCAGUUACUUAAAGCUAUGGAAGAGCGAACCGAAGAAAUUAAGGUUCACAAAACGAUGCUUGCCUCACAAAUAAGAUAUGUUGAUCAAGAAUGGCAAAACAUAAGUGGUGAUGAGUAUCAGCUAAAAAUUCAACUAGAAGAACAAAGAAGAGCUGCUGAUGAAAAAUACAGAUACAAACAGAGACAGAUUAGAGAACUUCAAGAAGACAUCCAGAGCAUGGAAAACACUUUACAACUUACAGAGCAUUUAGCAAAUAAUGUCAAAGAGAAACUAUCAGAGAAACAAGCUUUUGCAUCUCAACUACACAAAGAAACUGAGGAGCAGAAGCCAAAAUUAGAGAGAGUGACUAAACAGUGUGCAAAACUCACAAAAGAUAUCCGUCUUCUGAAACAAACAAGAGAUGAAACACCAGAAGAACAAGACAUUAAACUCCGUGAAGUGAAACAAUUUCGUAAGGUUGUUGAUGAAAUGUUAGUUGACUGUAUAAAAGAAAAUGCUGCAAUCCAUUUUAUCCUUCAAACGUAUUUUAAGCAGAAUGGGUUAGAGCUACCGAUAGCUAAUAUAAAAGGGAGCCACCAGAGUUCUACAUCAUCUUCACAGGCCUCACUGGUAUCACCAAGGUAAGUGGAAUGUUAAUACAAUCUUUUUAAGUUAUAAAAUGGCAACACAGAUGUACACAUACGGAGACUAUAAUUUUUGUGAUUAAAGUCAAAUUCGUGAAA